AUGGCAAUUUGGCUCUUAUCCCGCACGCGCGCUGUGCUUGAGACGCUAACAUGGCUGCUUUGAGGAGAUGGUGCUCUACUGCUGCUGUUGCUGCCACCAGCAAGGGUACGAGAUGGGAGAGACUGUGGAACAGUCGUGCAGGUGUGUGGUGCCGCAGUCUUCUGAGUGACUAUAAGGAAGCUUGUCGUGAAAUAUUUGUCGGAGCAUAUGAGCGCCCUUUCAAAGCUAGCCUUUAUGUGGCCUUGCUUGGAGGUGCGUAUGGCUGUUACUACACCAAUCCAGACGACACAUCCUUCCAGUCUAGAAUACUAGAGACCUCCAACCAGCUCGCCCUCCUCUCUCCGUGGAUCCGUAGUGGCACGUCGGAUGGACAUGUGCAGAGCUUGGCCAAGCUGCGCAACGAGGGCCGUUUGCGAUACGUCAGCCUGGGCAUCAUCUCAUUGGCCUACGUGGCGGACUACGACCCCGAGACCAGCCUGUAUGAGGCACGGUGCUCUGCGCUUUCUGUGCCCUGGGCGCAGUUGCGUGAACGUGUGCUGGACGUAGGCUUCGCUGGGCGCUGGUGGGUGUUGGAAAAUAAAAUGGAGAACUAUGAUAUAAAUGAAGAGGAGUUCAAGCAUCUCCCACCCUCCCUGCUGGCCACAGCAGCCCCUACAGCACAGGAGACCGAGAGAAAUGAGAGACUGCACCAGGAGUCCUGGAAGGCACUGGUGAUGGAGGGAGAAGAAGACAUGGACAGGAGGAAGAAAAGUGGGGAGGUAACAGGGGAAGGAAAAGAGAUCAGUACAAAACAGGACAUUUAAUAUGGUUUAUGUGUUGUGAUAAAGAACAAUUGCUGAUUUAGAUCUGUGGACAUGUCAUGUAUGAUCAAAUGAAUUUGUGUGUAUUGGCCUGGAAGGACAUUUCUGAACUCUCCUAUUUAUUGUGGUGCUGGAGCAAAACGUAAGGCUGCCUGUCACAUAUUACCAUGAUGUCUUCUGAGAAAAUGAAACUUUUAAAACGUUGA